AUGGGCGCUGGCCUUGCUCAGGCUCCCAGGAGCUUCAGAGCUGGUCCUGAGCCAGGCCCACCCCCGGGCCCCGGGGACACCAAUGACUUAAACACCAGCAGCCCAUUGCCUGGGGAGGUUACAGUUUCAGCCAGCAGCCCAGACAGCGAAAACAGAGGAGAGAGGGUGGUCAGAACUGAGAUGGGCAACCCAGGCAGAGAGAGAGCCCAGAGGAGGAGGCGCCAGAAGCCUGGACGGUCUGAGAAGUAUGAGCUGAGAGCAGAAGGCCCCACCAACAUGGGCAGUCUCGAGGACCGAGAAGACCUUGAGGAGGAGACGAACUCAGCAUUCACCUGGGAGGUGCAGGCCAACAACCGGGCCUACAACCGCCAGUUCAAGGAGAAGGUCUUCCUGUGCUGGCAGAGGAGGAAGUACAAGAGGAAUGUCAUCCACACAGCCAAGUACAACAUCUUCUCCUUCCUGCCCUUGAACCUGUACGAGCAGUUCCACCGCACGUCCAACCUCUACUUCCUUCUUAUCAUCAUCCUCCAGGGCGUCCCCGAGAUCUCCACGCUGCCCUGGUUCACUCUCUUCGCCCCGCUUGUCUGCCUCCUCAUCAUCCGGGCCACUCGAGACCUGGUGGACGACAUUGGGCGACACAUGAGCGACAGGAUCAUUAACAACAGGCCGUGCCAGGUGCUGAUGGGGAAAAGCUUCCUGUGGAGGAAAUGGAAGAACCUGUGUGUGGGAGACGUGGUCUGUCUGCACAAGGACAGCAUCGUGCCGGCUGACUUGGUCCUGCUAGCCAGCACUGAGCCCAGCAGCCUGUGCUACGUGGAGACAGCUGACAUUGACGGGGAAACCAAUCUGAAGUUCAGGCAGGCCCUGCCGAUCACCCACCACGAGCUGACCAGCAUAAAGAAGAUGGCAGCCUUCCAAGGCAAAGUGGUGUGUGAAGAACCCAACAGCCGGAUGCACCGCUUCGUGGGCUGCCUAGAGUGGAAGGGCAAGAAGCACCCCCUGGACAGUGGCAACAUCCUCCUGCGGGGCUGCAGGGUCCGCAACACGGACACCUGCUAUGGACUGGUCAUCUAUGCUGGUUUUGAUACAAAGAUCAUGAAGAACUGCGGCAAGAUCCAUCUGAAGAGAACCAAGCUAGACUUUCUGAUGAACAGACUGGUGGUCCUGGGUCUUUCCCUAGGCCCGGAGAAGGAGGCCCCAUGCAAGGAGGACCCCUACCUCUGGAACAAGUUUGCUGACAGGAAGUUUCUCUUCCGCAACGCCGAGCUCCUGCAGGCCGUGCAGGCCAAUGAGGACCAGAGGGUGCGCGAGUUCUGGCGCCUGCUGGCCAUUUGCCACACGGUGAUGGUGCAGGAGAAGAACAGUGAGCGGCCAGACCAGCUGUUGUACCAGGCAGCUUCCCCGGACGAGGAGGCACUGGUCACUGCGGCCCGAAACUUUGGCUACGUUUUCCUGGCACGCACACAGGACAGUAUCACUGUGAUGGAGCUGGGAGAGGUGCGGGUGUACCAGGUCCUGGCCAUGAUGGACUUCAACAGCGUGCGCAAGCGGAUGUCAGUGCUGGUCCGCACCCCCGAAGGCUCCAUCCACCUCUACACCAAAGGUGCCGACACAGUCAUCUAUGAACGCCUGGGCAAGAAAGGCAUGACAGAGUGGACCACAGAGAAGGCCUUGGCCUCCUUUGCUGAGCAGACCCUGCGGACGCUGUGCCUGGCCUACAAGGAGGUGGACAAGGACGUGUAUGAGGCGUGGCACCAGCGGCACCAGGAGGCCAGCAUCCUGCUGCAGAACCGGGCCCAUGCCCUGCACCAGGUGUAUGAGGAGAUGGAGCAGAACCUCCAGCUGCUGGGAGCCACGGCCAUCGAGGACAGGCUCCAGGACGGUGUCUGCGACACCAUCCGUUCUCUCAAGCAGGGGAACAUCAAAGUGUGGGUACUCACAGGGGACAAGCAAGAGACAGCGGUGAACAUCGGCUUUGCUUGCCAGCUGCUCUCAGAGAACAUGAUCAUUCUGGAAGAGAAGGAGAUAAUGCGGAUCCUGGAGGUCUACUGGGAGAGCAACAACAACCUGAAGGGUGACAAGAAGGACCAUCGGAGGAGCCAGCUCCUGCCGCAGGUCAAGAUGGCCUUGGUCAUUAACGGGGAGUUCCUGGAUCAGCUGCUGCUGUCCCUGCGCAAGGAGCCCCGGGCCCUGGUCCAGAAGGUGACCUUGGACACAGAGGAGUCCUGGCAGGAGCUCGGCGAGGGGAGGAUGGACUUCCUGCAGGCCAGGCGCCUGUCCCUGCUGUGGCGGACGCUCGGGAUCCAGCGGAAGACCCCUGGGCUGGCGUCGGAAGACAAAGACUCCAAUAGCCACGAGAGCCCCGAGGUGCGGCGGGAGCAGGCUUUCGUGGAGCUGGCCUCUCAGUGUCAGGCAGUCAUCUGCUGCCGGGUGACGCCCAAGCAGAAGGCCUUGAUUGUGGCGCUGGUCAAGAAAUACCAGAAUGUGGUGACCCUGGCCAUCGGGGACGGCGCCAACGACGUGAACAUGAUCAAGACUGCGGACAUCGGCGUGGGGCUGGCGGGGCAGGAGGGCAUGCAGGCGGUGCAGAACAGCGACUACAUGCUGGCGCAGUUCUGCUUCCUGAAGCGGCUGCUGCUGGUGCACGGACGCUGGUCCUACAUGCGCGUCUGCAAGUUCCUGCGCUACUUCAUCUACAAGACGCUGGCCAGCACGAUGGCCCAGAUCUGGUUCGCCUUCUACAGCGGCUUUACCGCCCAGCCCCUCUAUGAAGGCUGGUUCCUGGCAUUCUUCAACCUGCUGUACAGCACCCUCCCGGCUCUCUACAUUGGACUCUUUGAGCAGGAUGUGAGCGCUGAGCAGAGCUUGGAGCUGCCCGAGCUGUACGCUGCGGGUCAGAAGGACGAGCUCUUCAACUACUGGGUCUUCCUUCAAGCCAUCACCCACGGCAUGGCCACCUCCCUCGUCAACUUCUUCGUGACCCUGUGGGUCACCCGUGACUCGGCCGGGCCUGUCAGCUUCAGCGACUACCAGUCCUUUUCGGUGGUCGUGGCCCUGUCGGGGCUGGUGUCCAUCACCACGGAGGUCAUCCUCAUCAUCAAGUACUGGACAGUCCUGUCCGUGCUGUCCAUCUUCUUCAGCCUCUGCUUCUACACGGUCAUGACCUGGGCCACCCAGAGCUCCUGGCUCUUCACAAUCUCCCCCAAGACCUUCCCGUUUCAGUACGCUGACCUCAACGUGCUAUCCCAGCCCCCCGUCCUGCUGGUGAUCCUGCUGAAUGUGUCACUGAGCACCCUGCCCGUGCUAGCUUUCCGCGUCAUCUACCAAGCCCUCAAGAAGCCGCGGCCCAAGGAGGAGGAGGAGGAGGCGGCCCCAAGCGAGGAGAUCAUCACCGUGGAGCCCAUGGCCUUCAUUCACCGGGAGUCUCGGGCCCGGCGAUCCAGCUAUGCCUUCUCCCACCGGGAGGGCUACGCGGACCUCAUCACGCAGGGCACAAUUCUGAGGAGGUCACCAGGAGUCAACAGCGACAUGCUGGUUGACCACACGAUGCCAUCUGAUGAACUGUCCCCAAGCACCAAGGAGUCACCCUGGUACCCCAGGAAGAUGUCUUUCCUGGGGAGGAAGAAGCACCGGCACUGGGGGCAGGUGCCCUCCGCGGAGGUGCAGCCUGCCUCUGAGACGAGCUCUUCCGCGACUGUGGAUGGACAGCUCUUUUCUCAGGAGAACCAGUCCUCUCCCACUGAAAGCUUGGCCCUCACCCUGAACCGCCAAUCUGGGUCUUUCCAGGAGAAGUUGCUAAAGAGGCAGGAGGAGUCACUAUCAUAUGAGCAGUGGCCACAUUCUCCUCCUGAGAGUCUGCCACCAACCAAGGAGAGGCCACCUUCCCUUCAGGAGAAGCCACUGUCCCCCAGAGAGAGCCAGGUGACAGCUGAGAACUAGUCACUGCCUUCCAGCCAGCCGUCUUUGAAGAGCCAGUAUACCCCUGCAGAGAAGACAUCCGCCUGAAAGUUCCCGAAGCUGUCCUGGAAGGCCCGGGCACACAGCUGGCAGGAGCAGCCCAGGCGCCCCCAGGAGGGGACGGUGCCAGUUCCCAACUCGACCCUCACUGCUCUGGUGGAAACGCUGCCACCAAACGUGGGAGAAUCAUCCACAAAUGAGCAGCUGAUGAAAGCGGAGCCCUCGCCGGUGGAGAGGCAGCCGUCACCCAGGGAGGGGCUGCCAGGGCCGGUGGGGAGCCAGGUUCUACCUGAUCCAGCAGGACAGCCACCCUUGCCUGAGGAGGAGCAGUGACUGCCCAGGCCUAGCAAGUGUCACCCAGCGAGCAUGAGGCCUCCGCCCGAAGACGGGACUCCACACGCUUUUCUCUGUCUAAUAAACCAGGGUCCGUCUGACCCCAGGGCUCCUC